ACUUUUGAGACGGAUGCUUGCAUUAUUCAAUCGUGAUCCCGAAAAUAUCGUUUCGUUUGAAUAUUUUAAGUAUAAUUAGUGUAAAAUGCGUUUCACUUGUGUUCUACUGCGGCAGCAUAUUGGGUUUCAUUUCAAAAAGCACUGGAUCAUUCAGGGAAAGCGAAUUCCAGUGGAGACCGGUGCCCAAGCAGAACUGGAGGCACGCGGGAUUCCGGUGGUUGAUGCCAAUGAGUUUGUUCUGGAGCCGCGAAAAAACGUUCAGUACGAUGUGCUAGGACAACUUCCGCCGGAGGUGAAGUGGGACCAGAAUCAUCCUCUGUACAAGCAAGAGCCUUGCUAUCUGUACGGUGACAAAAAUGUUCUGCUCGAAGGUGUUCGGCAAGCGCAGGUUUUACUUAACACGGUUGUCUACGAUGAAUUGCCGCUGAAGAUAGAAGAACGCUUGGAAAAGAUGAAGAUUCCAGCCCAGCUUGAUCGUUCAAUGCAGCAGUCGGUGCUAGCGGCUCUCGUAUUUGAUACAGAACAAGUAAAAACUGCAGUCGUGAAAGUUCCCGAACGGCCGGCCUUCAAACUUCCCCGUAACUAUGGUAUAUCAAAUGAAAGAAGGAAUCGUCUGUUAUUGUCCAAGUUACUGACACACUGUGAACGGUUCGCUGGUAAAGCUGUCAGUUCCACAAAGAAAAUUGUUACUAACACACGCUUCACGGUUCCGGUCACAAAAGACCUUGAUCGAAUCCAAUUCACGCUGAAAGCAGACUCGUUUCUAAUUUCUUCCGAACCAAUCAAGCCGCUGGAUAAUUCCUUGUACCGGCCCCAAGACCUGACAAUUCCAGAUCUUUUUCCCCUCAAGGAAACAGUUACAAUUCCUACGACAAACUUCUAUGAGUGGAAUAACGAAUAUCCCAUCAAGCGGGAUUAUCGAUUUUCCCAUCCGCAGACGAUUCUGCUGCACUGUGCCCCGGAAGACGUUUCAAAUGUAUUCGAAACCCCAAUAACCGAUGAUCAGCAGGACGGACGUGCCAUGAUAAAGGCUUUUACAGUAGCGGCUGCUCGGGCCCGACAGCUGUAUGGGGACAACGUGAAGGCUCUGCCACAACCGAUCAAUGUUCAGGCGGUGCAAACCGAUAGCCAAUGGUUUCACUUCAGCAUAUUCCAGCUGAACACGCUAGAUUUGACCGGCUCCGCUACGGAGCAUCGCAACUUGUGGUUCCGCAAACCACGGAUGAACCUAUACUCGGAGUGCGGUUACCUGGUCGGCAAACCUACUCUGCAGGACUACAACAAAGACGUCCUGAAACACAUGGCAGUGUUCUAUGAUUCCGUGUGAAGUUAGUAGAGUUUGUAAGGUUAAUAUGAACAUCAGAAGUUAAUUGUUGGGAAAAUAAGACAAAAAAAUAGUUGCUG